AUGGACAGAUUUGAACCCGAAAAGAAGAAGCAGUAUGCAUUUUUCGAGUGGGUGGAUAAUGAAACUUGUCCAAGAGGAAAACAAGUGGUCCUUGGUUUGCUUAGAAGACUUAGAGCAAUGAAGGAGGAAGGUAGAGCAAAGGAAGAACAAUCUGUGGAAGCAAAAAAGAAAGAACUGCAACAUAAAUUGAAAGAAAUGGUUCAGAAAAAAAGGUUUUGGAAUGGGAUCAUGGGCAAAGACAAUUGA